AAUUCUGAGAUUAGACUAUAAUCAUUGUUAAACCUAAUAAUAAUAAUAAUUAUUAUUAUUAAAUCUUAAAGCUGACACAGAGAUGUUGAACGAGAAUUGAGUAAAGCAUGUGGGCUGCUCAUGUUUAUAAAUAUAAUAGUCACCUUUAUUUUUCUAUAUUGCAUAAUUCAUGACCUUAGCAUUUACGUACCGUGGAUUGUUUUUUGUUUUGUUAACAUAUACUUCACUUCUGAUUUCCUUUUUGUUUGCUUUCAUUAGAAAAAAAAAAAGUUGUUACAAUACAAGCAUACAUUUCUUUCUUUCUUUCUUUAUAGUAUUAGUUUUGAUUUGAUUUUCAUUCAAGUGAUUAAAUGUCUGAUUGAAUAAUUAAAGUGCUUUUAUGAGAAAAUGUCAAUGGAAGAAGGCUACGUAAAAAUCAAGUUCAAAAGGAUUUGUGUGUUCUGCGGAAGUAACUCUGGUCACAGAAAAGUCUUCAGUGAUGCUGCCCUUGAAUUGGGCAAUGAACUGGUGAGGAGAAAGAUAGAGUUGGUGUAUGGUGGAGGAAGUGUUGGGUUGAUGGGUUUGAUAUCCCGGACUGUUCAUGAUGGAGGUUGUCAUGUUCUUGGGAUCAUCCCAAAAGCUCUCAUGCCGCUUGAGAUAUCAGGUGAGAGUGUUGGAGAAGUGAAAACUGUUUCAGACAUGCAUGAGCGUAAAGCUGCAAUGGCUCGAGAAGCUGAUGCCUUUAUUGCGCUUCCUGGAGGAUAUGGUACCAUGGAAGAGCUGUUGGAGAUGAUAGCUUGGUCCCAACUUGGAAUUCAUAAGAAACCGGUUGGUCUUCUAAAUGUUGAUGGGUACUAUAAUUCUUUGCUUGCAUUAUUCGACAAUGGUGUUGAAGAAGGUUUCAUCAAACCUGCUGCUCGACACAUUAUUAUUUCUGCUCCUACUGCCAAACAACUUCUGGAAAAGAUGGAGCAAUACACUCCAUGUCAUGAGCAUGUUGCUCCUUAUGAAAGCUGGGAGAUGCAGCAGCUCGGAGAUUAUCCAAGGCCAUAAAAUGUACCGUCAAAUAUUGGUGGUAGGUUUUUUCCUGAAUUGAUUCCUGACGUGAUUCAUCAACACUUGAAUCAUGUACAAGUUUCUAUUUCAAAUGGAGCCAAAUAUUGUUCAUUAACAUGUACUUUUGCCGUUGUUUGUGGUUUGAAUUCUAUUAAAAAUAAGAUUGCUUUUCAUCAUA